AUGGUUGGAUAUGGUCAUCUCGACGGCACCAAAGCUUACCGCAUCUAUAUCCCAUCUCAGCACCGUGUCAUCCUUUCUCGUGAUGUCAUCUUCAUGGAGCCCUCUGCACCGCCUUCCGACGACUCUCGCGACCCUCCAUCGUCAUCUCCACCCACAUCCUCCUCACUACCUCCUCCUACACACCCUUCUUCCUUGGACCCAAUCUCCCCUCCCUCUCCUUCCCCCACCAUACCUUCCUCCACCAACCCCCACCCACAAUCCCCAAACCUGCCCGCACCAGCCACAUCUUCUCCUCCUCCAUUGUUUUCCAACCUUCCUCUGCCCUCGACGCCGCAAGACUUUCACCUUCCAUCCUUCUCUCCUCCCUCUUCGCCUCCCCUUCCCCAUUGCACGACUCGCUCCUCCCCGCCAUCCCCUUCAGCUCUUCCCGAUCCUUCCCUUUUCUCCUUCCUCAAGGUCUUACCAUCCCCUUCCGAACCCAUUGACUUCACUCUUCCUCCUCUUUCCAACACCUCUGCCAAUGCUGCCCUUCACCAUCAUUACGAACCUCAAACCAUUCAUGAGGCUCGUACCGGCCCUGAUGCUGCCGAAUGGAUCAAGGCUGCUGAUGCGGAACUCGCUGCCCUGCACGCUAAUGACACCUACAGCAUUGUUCCUCGACCACCCAAGUGCAAGCCGAUUCCAUGCAAAUGGAUUUUCAAGGUCAAGGAGAACGCUGAUGUGUCGCGAGUGUAUGACCUGCUGCCUCAGAUGCCUGCUAUUGCCAAGGCUCACGAGGAGCUCUGCCUGCGCUUUACUGCCGCCAUGAACAAGCUGACAGUAAUGAAGCAUGCGCGGGUGAAAUCGCGCUCCCCCCAGGCGAAGGAGGUGCGGGUGGAGGUGUACCGAGUGCUGCUGGAGGGGCUUACAGCGCUCGUCUACAUUCGCUUUUUUUGGACGGUCCGUCUUCAUAUUCGCCGUUCUCGCGUUAGACUAGAGCUUGACCUGCCUUUUCUACCAAUUUCCCGUGUCCCCGCCCGAUGCUCUCUCUUGCCCCCCGCUGUCUUUGAGCAGAUGGUGCAGCAUGGUUUCUCACAGGCAGAGCUGCAAGCUGUGUUACAGCUGAUUGCAUACAUAAAGGGCGUGGCGGCCAUGAUGACAGCAGUGGAGGGGGACAUUGCAUGGGUGCUGCGGGAGGCCAUCCACGCGGACGUGCAGGAGUUUGCACGCGUGUAUGUGGCCUCUCUGCUCAAGCGUGUCUCCUCUUCCAACAUGGACUCACCCUACGCGAGCAGCACAGCACAGCAGUGCAAUGCGGUGCGCUAUGUUGUGCUCCUCCGCGUUGCUGCGCGGCAGGUCACUACUGAGGAUCACGGCAGUGGUGGCAGACUGGGCGGGGAUACCCGAGGAGGAGGCGCUGGAGGUGAUGGCGAGGAGCCACAGGUGGCAUCCCAUCAAGCGUCUUACCCUGCCGCACCCCAUCAAGCGUCUUACCCUGCCGCACCCCAUCCCGCCCUCCCUCUGACGUUGCUGAGGAUCCGCGCAGUGGCGGCGGACUGGGCGGGGAUUCCGGAGGAGGAGGCACUGUCAAUGAGGACGCUCCUCAUGACGUUGCUGAGGAUCCGCGCAGUGGCGGCGGACUGGGCGGGGAUUCCGGAGGAGGAGGCGCUGGAGGUGGUGGUGAAGAGCAGGAAGGGGCACCCCGUGAAUGAGGACGACCUCAAGCGGCUUGCCUUGCCGCGCCCCACCCCGCCUUCCCUCGCCCAGCGCAUUUUGAACGCCUGCGGCUCUUCUUCCCCUGGCCUCCUGCUCUUCUUCCCCUGGCCUCCUGCUCUUCUUCCCCUGGCCUCCUGCUCUUCUUCCCCUGGCCUCCUGCUCUUCUUCCCCUGGCCUCCUGCUCUUCUUCCCCUGGUGUCACCGAAUAUGCACGAAAGGGGUGCGCGUACAAGCAUGGAUGUGUACGAGAUGCGUUACGGCAGGAAUUAUGGCCGCCAUGAGGCGGAUCGCUCGCGGCGCGAACGCUCACGUGAGCGCGGGCGCUCGCUGGAGAGGUCGCCGCGGCGGCCUGAGCGAUCGCCGCGGAGGCCGGCCUUUCGCGCGGAUCAGGUCCCUCUCGCGCCAGAUCGCCAGGAGGGAGGUUCCGCCCGAGAAGGAAGAGGCGGAUCUGGAUCCGUCACGGCGGGGAGUGACCCGUGGCGGACGGACGGGCGUCACGGAGCGGAUGGCGGUCGUGGGUACCGCCAGGACACGGGAGCAUACCGCUCGCCGGAGGAAGGCUAUCGCCGUCGCGAAGGGAGAAGUCGCGGGCGAGGUCUGGAGGGGCUCUUCUCGGGUCGCCAAGGCGAUCUUGAUGUGGAUGGAGAAGACGAGGCCGACUCGGCGAAUCGAGUGCGAGAGACGAAUCGUGAAGGCGAGACCAAGGGCGAUGACGAACCCCAGGAGGAAGGCGCAGGCGAGCAGCGCGAGAUGCCCGCUGGAGUUGAUGACGACGAUCCCGCGCAGGCGGGCGUGGCGGCGGAGCCGAGCACGGCGGAGGCGGAAGAAAAGGGCGGUACUACCCGAGACCUGCCGCGCGACGGAGAGAAAGGUGACGGCGGGGGGCGUGGCAGUGGCGCGCGCUCUCCAGAUCCCCGUCAGCAGCGUGACGAGGGACGUGGCGACGGCGCGCGUUCGCCUGAUCCGCGCCUGAAUCGGAACGGAGGACGCGGCGGCGGAGCGCGCUCGCCAGAGCCUCGGCUGAAUCGUGAUGGGGGACGCGACGGAGGCACGCGCUCGCCAGAUCCACGGAUGUAUCGGGAAGGGGGGCGUGGCGGCGGCGCGCGCUCUCCAGAUCCGCGUCAGCAGCGUGACGAGGGACUACGCGCUCGCCAGAUCGGCGGCAGAAUCGUGACGGGGAACGCGGUGGCGGCGCGCGCUCGCCAGACCCGCGUCUCCCGCACGAGGACGGGAGGCACGGAAGCGGCUACCGCUCGCCAGGACGGCAGCAACUGCAGGAAGAAAGGCGCAGAGGCGGCUACCGCUCGCCAGAGCUACGGCGACACCAGGACAGUGGACGCAGGGGAAGCGUGCGCUCACCAGAUCCGCGGAGGUAUCACAACUGGAGAAGCGGGGGGGAGCUGCGCUCUCCAGGUCCUCGUUACCCUCGUGAUGAGAGACGCGGAGGCGACUACCGCUCGCCUGAUCUGCAACGGUAUCAUGGAGAGAGGUGGGGAAGCGAGACGCGCUCGCCCGACUGGCACAGGCAACAUGAAGAAAGCCGGGGAGGCGGAUACGGCUCGCAGCUUCGGCAACAGAGCAGGGAUGAGGGGCGCGGCGGAGGGUAUCACUCACCUGAUCGGUACUGGCAGCAUGACGGAAGACGUACCAGUGAGGGAGGACGGGAUCAACGCAAAAGCAGAGAGGAAGGCAGCGGGCUGA